CUGAAACCGAAACCGCUGGUAAUUCCCGCGCAACUUUUGUCCGCUCUUUUUCUUGAACAACCAUAACAAAGUGCUUUCUGUCAAAAUAUUGCAAUAUAAUAGUUUUAAAUUUAAUUUUUAUCUUAAAUAAUGGCUGGGUUUGAUGAAGGUGGUGUGUUUUACAGUGACAGCUUUUUCUUUGAUCAAGGAGAUGGUGAUGUUCAAAAAACAGAUCUUCAACAGGCUAAAAAGAGAUUCAAAGAUUUCAUCAAACAAUUUCAAGAAGAAAACUAUGUUUACAUAUAUCGUGAUCAGCUAAAGCAGCAUUAUAAUAUGAAACAGUACUGGUUAGAAAUUGCUCUUGAAGAUUUGACUGACUUUGAUGAACUUCUAGGAGAAAAACUGAACAAACAGCCUGCAGAAUAUCUUCCUCUGUUUGAAGAAGCUGCAAAGGAAGUAGCUGAUGAAAUCACUCGUCCACGCCCCGAAGGGGAAGAAGAGAUUCAAGAUAUUCAAAUAACAUUGCGCUCAAAUGCAAAUCCUUGUUUAUUGAGAGAAUUAAAGUCUGAUCAUAUAUCAAAAUUAGUAAAAGUACCUGGGAUCAUUAUUGCUGCUUCUAAUGUCCAAGCCAAAGCAACCUGUAUCAGCAUACAAUGUCGUUCCUGUAAAGAAAUUGUUCCGAAAAUUAAAAUCAAACCUGGUCUUGAUGGUUAUAACUUACCAAGGAGAUGCAACACUGAUCAAACUACAGGGCAGACUCGUUGUCCAGUCGAUCCAUAUUUUAUUGUUCCUGAUAAAUGUGAAUGUGUUGAUUACCAAAUACUCAAAAUGCAAGAAUCUCCAGAUUAUGUUCCACAUGGGGAAAUGCCUCGUCACCUUAUGCUUUACUGCGACCGGAAUCUAUGUGAAAGAGUUGUUCCUGGAAAUAGAGUGACUGUUCUUGGCAUAUACUCCAUUAAAAAAGUUUCACGCUCAAAAAAAGGUCAGUCUGAAAAAGCUAAUGUUGGAAUUCGUAAUCCCUAUAUCCGAGUUGUCGGAAUUUCAGUCGUUACUGAAGGCGCUGGGCGUUCUACCGGAAUUACCUUCACUUCGGAAGAAGAAGAGACAUUUCGAUUCCUGGCUAGUAGUCCUAAUAUUCUUGACCGUAUUACCAAGAGUAUUGCACCUUCAAUUUAUGGUUCUGUCGAUAUCAAGAAAGCUGUUGCUUGUAUGUUGUUUGGAGGAUCUCGUAAAAGGAUGCCUGAUGGUUUGACCAGAAGGGGUGAUAUAAAUAUUUUACUUCUUGGUGAUCCAGGAACUGCAAAAAGUCAGCUUCUCAAGUUUGUUGAAAAAGUCGCUCCUGUUGGAGUUUAUACUUCUGGUAAAGGUAGCAGUGCUGCAGGUUUGACAGCAUCUGUCAUAAGGGAUCCUCACUCUAGGAAUUUCAUCAUGGAAGGAGGAGCAAUGGUUCUUGCUGAUGGUGGUGUCGUUUGUAUUGAUGAAUUUGAUAAAAUGAGAGAAGAUGACAGAGUAGCUAUUCAUGAAGCUAUGGAGCAGCAAACAAUUUCCAUUGCUAAAGCAGGAAUUACCACAACCCUAAACUCAAGGUGUGCAGUUUUUGCUGCAGCAAACAGUGUUUUUGGCAGAUGGGAUGAAAGCAAAGCUGAAGCUAAUAUUGAUUUUAUGCCUACAAUCUUAUCAAGAUUUGAUAUGAUUUUCAUUGUGAAGGAUGAUCAUGAUGAAAAGAAAGAUAGUACUUUAGCUAAGCAUGUGAUGGCCUUACAUAUGAAUGCUUUACAAGCUACAGAAGAGGUGGAAGGUGAAUUGAGCCUCAGCACAUUGAAGAAAUACAUUGCUUAUUGUCGAAUGAGAUGUGGUCCUCGUCUAUCCAAUGAGGCUGCUGAUAAGUUGAAAAAUUAUUAUCUUUUUAUGCGUAGUAGUAGCAAAGAGCAUCAAGGAAUGGAGAAAAAGUCAAACAUUCCAAUUACUGUAAGACAACUUGAAGCUAUUGUCAGAAUAUCAGAAGCUCUUGCAAAAAUGGAACUUCAACCAUUUGCUACAGAACGCCAUGUCGAUGAAGCCAUGCGUCUUUUCCAAGUAUCAACUUUAGAUGCUGCCCAUUCUGGUGAUUUAGCUGGUGCUGAAGGAUUUACAACUGAAGAAGAGCAUCAAAUGCUACUUCGCAUUGAGAAACAACUUAAAAAACGGUUUGCUAUUGGCUCUCAAGUUUCGGAAUUCAGCAUAGUUCAAGAUUUCUUGAAACAAAAAUAUCCUGAAAGGGCCAUUUACAAGGUUCUUUAUCUUAUGAUAAGGAGAGGAGAGCUUCAACAUAGAAUGCAAAGAAAAAUGUUGUACAGAAUUAAAUAAAGACCAACUGGACUUUUUAUUCAAUUCGUUCUUUUAUAUUUGUGUUGUAUACUUUGUAUAAUAAAAUUUGUGUUUUGA